AUGGCUGUGCUAGAAGAGAACUCCAGCCUUGCUGCCUUCAAAGGACCAAAAGUCAACAGCACACCACUACCAUCCUUUACCUCCAAGACACAGAUCCUCGACUGGGCAGCCACCAAGGGCACCAUUACCUCCAUAGCAGCACUGGAUGACCCCAAAAGCAUUGUCCUCCAGUUGGGCCAAGACCCAAAGGCACUACCCUUCUGCUUCCCAGAAGCUCAGAAGGACAUGGGCGUCACACUUGAAUGGCAACCACGAACCCAGACACCAGUCCAAGGCUGCCGCUUGGAAGGUGUGACUGGACACAAGGAGGCCUAUGUCCUGAGGAUUCUAUCAGGUUCUGUGGCCGGGCCCCGGACAGUGACGGUAACGGUGAAACUGAGUUGCACAUCUGGGGAUGCCGUUCUCAUCCUGCAGGGUCCCCCGUACGUCUCCUGGCUCAUCGAUACCAACCACAAUAUGCAGAUCUGGACCACAGGUGAAUACUCCGUCAAGAUCUUUCCAGAAAACAACAUCAAAGGCUUCGUGCUCCCAGACACACCCGAAGGCCUGAUCGGGGAGGCCCGCAAGCUCAAUGCCAGCAUAGUAACCUUUGUAGAGAUCCCUCUGGCCAGUGAUGUCUCCCUGACGGUCUCCAGCUGCGGUGGUGCGCUCCAGACCUCUCCUGCACCAGUUGUGACCACACCUCCCAAGGACACGUGCAGCCCUGAGCUACUCAUGUCCCUGAUUCAGCCAAAGUGUGGCAAUGACGUCAUGACUCUGGCACUCAAUAAAAAACUCGUGCAGACUCUACAGUGCACCAUCACAGGCCUGGCUUUCUGGGACUCCAGCUGCCAGGCUAAAGACCAGGACGACCACUUUGUCCUGAGUAGCACCUACUCCAGCUGUGGCAUGAAAGUGACACAUCAUGUGAUCAGCAAUGAGGUGAUCAUCAGUUUGCCAUCAGGCUUACCACCACUUCGGAAAAAGGUACAGUGCAUCGACAUGGACAGCCUCUCCUUCCAGCUGGGCCUCUACCUCAGCCCGCACUUCCUCCAGGCAUCCAACACCAUAGAGCUAGGCCAGCAGGGCUUCGUACAGGUGAGCAUGUCUCCAUUGACCUCUGAGGUCACAGUCCAGCUAGACAGCUGCCAUCUGGAUUUGGGGCCAGAAGGUGACAUGGUGGAACUCAUCCAGAGUCGAGCAGCCAAGGGCAGCUGUGUGAGCUUGCUGUCCCCAAGCCCUGAAGGCGACCCACGUUUCAGCUUUCUCCUCCGUGUCUACAUGGUGCCCACACCCGCAGCCGGCACCCUCAGUUGCAACUUAGCCCUGCAGCCUAGCACCUUGUCCCAGGAAGUCUACAAGACUGUCUCCAUGCGCCUGAACAUCGUCAGUCCUGACCUGUCUGGCAAAGGCCUCGUCCUGCCCUCUGUACUGGGCAUCACCUUUGGUGCCUUCCUCAUUGGGGCCCUGCUCACAGCUGCACUCUGGUACAUCUAUUCUCACACACGUGCCCCUAGCAAGCGGGAGCCCGUGGUGGCAGUGGCUGCCCCGGCCUCCUCUGAGAGCAGCAGUACCAACCACAGCAUCGGGAGCACCCAGAGCACCCCCUGCUCCACCAGCAGCAUGGCAUAGUACCCAGCCUGGAGCCUUGGGGAGCCCCCCAGCCAGCCCUUGCCCUGCAGGAGAGACGGAGCAGCCACAAGCUGGGAACCGUCGGCCAUGAACUUGUCCCCUCAGCCAAGGAUGGAGCGUCCCCUUGUACCUGCUCCUCAUGCCUCCCCCGCAGAGGCUUGUUGCCAGUGGAGACUCCAACUUGGAACACCUUGGGAUCUCCUCACCCCACUUUACCUGCCCAACCCAGGGGCCCUGGGAUAUGGCUGCCUGGGACUACAGAAAGACACCGCACUGCUGUGUACAUCCGUGCUGCUGUGGAACCCUAAUCCCCUGCCUUCGAGCUGGAUCCUGUGCUGAUGAACUGGGUAGUGUGGGAGGCUAGGACUCAAGACACGCCCGGCCUAGCCCAGGGCCACCUGCAUCUGGCUGGCCCCAGGAGCCUCCUCACCUUGACUAGCACAAUUUUGGUGGGGGAAACAGAGGCUGAGGGGUGCUCAGCUCAUUGGCUUAGAAGAUGGCAAGAAGGGUGGGGUGGGGGAGCCCAGCCCCUCCCCAGAGACCUCCUCCCAGCCUAUCCAUUGAGCUGGCAGCAGGAGGGGAGUGGCCAGGCGGCUGGUCCUGGGCCAAGCCCGUAUAUUCACCAAUAAAUCAGACAUGAAACCAGU